AUGUCGCGGAUGGAGCCUCCGCUCGAUCCAGCCACACUGGCGGCAGAUGUGGGCGGAAGCGAGGCCCAGGUGGAUUUCCUGCUUGAGAAAUACAGCCGCGCCGCGGAACGCAACCGGUGCUUGCGAAGGAAACGUGAGGAUUACAGACGGUGGCUGCAAGGGCUGAGCUCUCACCAAGUACCGCAAGACAAAGCUCCUCGAACAUCGGCGCAAAGGCAGUCGAAGCCGCACCGAAGCGCGCGGGCACUGAAAAGAACUUGCCUUGCCAAAGGAAGCAUGGCCACGUGUACAGACGUUCCCAGUGUGUAUCUGGGCCGGGGUGGCCGCUCCCGCAAGCUGGCGAGGAAGCCUUCCGUAUCGCCUCUGCUUAGCCUCCAGCAGGAUGUCUCUCUCGACCAGACAAGAUGUCCACUCGAGGCAUGGAUGAACAUUGUGGAUGCUUCUGCUGGUAUGGACACCGACGAGGCUUCAGCGUCACCGUCGGAACCGCCAGAGGCCGGCAGCAUCGAGAAGCCCAUGCAGACUCUGAAAGAGGCCCUACAACAAAGCAGCACGAAAGCAGUCGUGGCCGUCCUCCCGGUCCUCCUGGCGAUCGAACUGCUACUGACUCGAGAUUCCGGCUACUCGGCCGUGUUCCUGGAGUCGGAGGGCGUGCAGUGCUGCCUGGAAUGCCUCCGGAGGUGGAUCGAGGACGCUGCGAUUGCAAAAGCAGUUUGCGCCAUCCUCGCCAACGUCGUUGCGAGAGAGGUCUCCCUCCAUACUAGCUGCAGCUGCAGCGUCGGCACCUUCAUCGACUCCACAGGCAACUCCAGCGUAUGGACCGAAGAGGGCAAGGCAGAAGAAUCCCUGGUUCAAUGGGCAGAAGUCCCCUAUCCCGAGGGCACCACGGAGUACAUCUUUUGCUUUUCGAAGGAGAAUACAGCCAUUUGCAGGGCCAAGUUGUACUGCUCAUGGCACAACCGGAGGUGUCUCAUCUUGGCGCUCAAGGUUUACGUGAAGCUCGGAACUACAGACUGGUUGAAGAUGUAUUCCAGGCUUUAUCAUGGUUGCGACUUGCAUCCAUGUGAGAACGUACCUACGCCAGCAAUGCUCACGGUCGCGGCUCUCGUCAACACUGAGGAGGACCUCAUCGAUCCUGAUGCGGAAAGGGAGAUCAUCAUGCCAUCUGACAGAGAAAGACAUGAAGCGGAAGUCGCCCAUCAUCGACAGCAAGCUAUUGAAGCAGCAAAAGAGAUGCGAUCGAAGCUUUCCGUUGGUGGGAGUCCCGAUGCCACAACGAUACGGUCACAACCUACCAUCUUGAGUACCGACUUUGAGUUGUACGCCAAGAACGGAGCAACACAUUUUCCACUUCAGAACGAGAUGAUGAGCAAAGGGUGGGGUCAGUUUGUCAGGUUUUCGCCGACGAUCAGCACCGUGGUUAACUUCUCCGAGACGCAAAAGGUCUUCAGCAACCUAAUUGACAAUCUCGAAAAGAUGCCACAGGAACAAAGGUCAAUGGUGACCAUACACAUUCACCUAUGCCUGCAAGCCAUUGUCCAUGAGAACCUUGCGGUGCCGCUACACGAGUCAUCCUUGCAAGCGCAGGAGAACAUGGAACGGAUCUUGAAGGAUGUCUACAUCAAACACUUCGACAAGAUCCUAAGCUUGGUUCCCAGGCCUCCCAUCGUGAUGAUCAAUCACGAUAGGCGUUUUCUCGCAGCUUCACAUAGAGUUCUUGAUCAAAGGCAGAACUUUGCAGGGUAUGACGCCGUGGGCGCUUACCUAUCUCUUCAACUACGUUUCCGAGGAUGUAUCGUGGUUCAUGGCUCUUCCUUUUGGUGCAAAAUAAUGAGCUCGUUGAAAGAGAGCCAGUCAGGGUCACACCUGUUCAGCGUCGACAAGAUCACGGAGCACGAACCGCAGAGACACCGUCACAGAGGAUUCGCAGUUUACGAGAAACAGAUAUUCUGUGAAAAGAUGAUUGCAGCUUGCUUUCUGAACACGCAGCAGUUGGGGACCUGGGAGAAGAUGCUUCACCAGAAAACCACUGGCAUCAAGCGGUUCACAGAAAUAUGCACUGACAAUACACAGGUGCAUGUCUCCUCCUCGGUGAAUCUGAACUCUUGGAUUCCACUUCAUAAACGUCGUGCCAUCGAAGAGGAGAACAGGCGUGUUGACUUGGUCAGACGUCCUGAUGUGGAGUGGCAAAACUUCGACAUUGCCCUGAGCAUUCCGGAGCCAUCGUACUCUGAUGAGCAGAGGUGGUUCAGGAUCGAUGACUACAGCGCGUCAGACAUCAAUGCGUGGGCAACGACGGAGACAUUCUUUUGCGAAAGGUGCGAACAAGAAAACAGAGCCAGUGUCUUUUGCCGGGACUCUACUUCGUUUGCAUCAGGACCACAGUUUCCAGAUCGGUGCAUGGGUUGCGCAUACAAGAAUGCCCUCUACAAUUCGUUCUACAAGAUCAAAGAUUACAGGGAAAUGCGUGACAGCGAAACGUAUGCCCUGGCAUGUGCAAGGUACCUCUACGUUCAGAAAUUUCAGGAGGCGAAACCGGGUGAUGAUUUGCUUGAGUAUAUCAAGAAAUGCUGCCCUCUCGUCUACAUGUCCGUGGGAAAGGUGGUGUCUUCGUACGGCGGCCUUCGAUGCCCCAUUGCAACAAGCGUGGCAUACGCGUCGUGGGGAAAAGCAAGACAGUUGGCGUGGGACAGAGCACAAGAUGCACAGAACAAUCUUUGCUUCAUCGCGUACUACGAUGCAGGGAACGCCGCGUAUGCAGGCUUCAUGAAGACAUUGUUGACUCCACAAGAGCGAGAACGAACAAUUGUUCAGAGGUGUUUUCACUUGUAUUCGGCCAAAGAGAGCAUCAAGUUGGUGGCAGCAAGACAACCCAAGAAAAGGAAGCCUCCGACCGGGGAUGAAAGGGUGGAAAAGGAUGUCGAAAAGAUCAUUGCAAUCAUUCGCGACGAACCACGCUUCAUUGCUGUGCCUUCGGCCGCCAUUGACCGGCGUCUCCUUGGGAGGGUCGGUAUGGACGAGGAGCAGGAGCAUGUUGAUGAGGUUCACUAUGACUUCGCGCAAGGUGUAGACGCAGCUACACUACCUCAGGAAGAUGUUCGCAUGGAUCAUGAAGAACCAGAAGGCGAUGCAGACAAUGUCGAAGACGAUGCUUUGAGAAUAGCAAGGGCAAGAGCCUGGGAUGCGACAAGGGUCCUCAUGCAUGGAUCAUUCGAAGUGAACACCGACAAUCCUCAGAACCUAUGUGUCCUAUGCGGAAGCUCAGAUCAUGGAUUCCGUAACUGUGACAGCAACUCUGAGAUGAAGCGGGUUAUCUUCCAAGCAUUCGAGGCCAUGUCCAAGGCUAUCACAUCAUUUCCCCCGGUGCUAUCCUUACAGGAGACCACGGAAGGGAGAACCGAUCGUGAAGGACAAGCAUCGGCAGCAGCAAUGGACGUUGACGUUGAAAGCAUUGACGUUGAAAGCAUUGCUUCUUCCUCCUCGAGACGUCCAAAGGCGAAAGCUAUGCCCAGGCGUGGCGCUCAUGGAGCUACGCAACGGCAUGAACUUCAGCUAUCCGACCACACCAGGCGCGUGUCCGACGAGGAGAUACAUUUGUGCGACGGCUGGGUUCUGCCUUGGGCAAUCCGAGCAACAAGUGGACACACCAUGACACCGGAGAUCACCGGCGUGGAGAUUGAUCCGUCCAAGUUCGCAAUGUCUAUCAGCAAUACCCUCGCGAAUGCCGUUCAAGGCCGAUCCUUGAUCUUUGCUUGCGGCGGCAUACCAACGUUGCUGGAGGCGAUGCGGCGUUGUUCCGCCUCCGCAGAUGAGCUGGCAGCCAUGAAUGCGCAAAUGCGCGAGCAUCUCCUCAAGGAGUCAGCACUGGAGAUGGUAAUCAACGCCAUGAAGAACCACGUGCAACAUGGGAGAGUACAGGCUGCCCUGGGCGCUGGUCAGAGAGUGCUGCAAGCCAUGGCGCAACAUACGAAGGAUGCUGCAUUGCAAUGUGCUUGCUGCUGGGCUCUCUUUUGCCUCUCAGUGCGAAAGCCAACUCUCCAGCAAGAAUUGGCACGGCAGGGAGCUUUGCGUGCGACGCUCGCGGCGAUGAAGUCACAAAGUUCCGUCGCCAAGGUCCAGGAGGCCGGCUGCUGGGUUCUGCGGGAGCUGGCCUCCACAGUCCAAGCUCUGUCGGUGGCCAUCCACGAACACGAUGUGCCGGAGGUGCAGAAGGCAGGGUCGGCUGCUCGCCAGCGCCUUGCCGUCCGCGGUUUCAGGCUCAGUCAGUUUCAGACGCAGCUGGUGCGGCCUUCCAUCGUGAAGCGACGUCGACACUUUGCAAGCGUUUGUGGGCGAGAGAUGCAUGAGAAUGUGAAUGAUCUCACUCUCCUCCAUUCCGGAGUGAAUGCUGUUUCCGCAGCCUGUCAGCGCUGCGGACCAAUGCGCUCGAUGCAUCCAGAUAUCUCGGAAGAUAAUGUGAACAAUCAUAUCUGA